AAUCAAGAAAGGACAGUAAACACUAAACAUUACUCAUAACCUACAAAUCCUUUUGUUCAAUUCAAUUCACAGUUCACACUCAGUCAAUCCUUAUUUCCAUCAAAAUUAGAUUGAAUUUUGGAAAUUCAUUCGCAAAUAAGGUUAUAGUUGGACCAAAUAGAGAAAACUAUUGCAAACUGUUCAAUCAAACAAGGGGGAAUUACAGCUUAGCAGUUGCAAACAUUAGCUGAAAUUGUCCAACUGAAAAAUGGAUAUAGGAGAACUUCUGUCUUAUAAGCCUCCAAACACACCUAAGCGUCCUUUACCAGAAGAAGAAGUCGAUGAGCCUGAUGAAACUGAGUAUGAAAGGCAGAGAAAACUUAGAAAGCUUCAGAAAGCACGAGCUGCAGAAAUUGAACGCCUUGAGCUUGAACGCCAAAUAAAACUGGAACGAGAAAGGGAAGAAAUGGAAAGACAAGCACGAGAAGAACAACAAGAUGCUAUAAUGAAACUUGUUGAAGAAAGUGUUGAGGGGGAAGUGUUAGAUGAGGCCACACUCAAAAGAAUGGUGUUGCAGUUUGAAAAACGAGCUCUCAAAAAUCAAGAAAUGCGUAUAAAGUUUCCAGAUAUGCCAGAAAAGUUCAUGGAGGCAGAGGUGGAGUUACAUGAAGCACUACAGGAGAUGCAUGCUGUGGCUACUGUACCUGACUUAUACCCUAUAGUUGUACAGCUGAAUGCUGUGCCUUCAAUGCUAGAACUAUUAUCUCACGAGAAUACAGAUAUCUCUGUUGGAGUUGUCUCUCUCUUACAGGAACUAUCAGAUGUAGAUAUCCUUCAUGAAAGCCAAGAUGGUGCGGACGCUCUAAUAGAUGCCCUGUUGGGACAACAAGUCUGUGCGUUACUCACACAGAACCUAGAGAGACUUGAUGAGACUGUCAAGGAGGAGGCAGAAGGUGUACAUAACACACUGGCAAUAUUUGAGAAUAUAAUGGAAUUCAGGCCAGAGGUGGUAGUGGAUGUGGCUAAACAAGGGCUGAUGCAGUGGCUACUCAAACGACUUCGUGUAAAGGCCCCAUUUGAUGCCAACAAGUUGUACGUCAGCGAAAUUCUGUCCAUCCUGCUUCAGAAUUCAAUGGAAAACAAAACACUUCUUGGAAGUAUGGAUGGUAUUGAUGUGUUGCUGCAACAACUUGCUUUUUACAAACGUCAUGACCCUCAAACUACAGAGGAAGCAGAGAUGAUGGAGAACCUUUUCGACUGCCUGUGUUCCAGCUUAAUGGUGACUGCUAACAAGGACAAAUUCCUGCGAGGGGAAGGUCUUCAGCUUAUGAACCUCAUGUUAAGGGAGAAGAAACUGAGUCGCAAUGGAUCAUUAAAGGUUCUAAACCAUGCCAUGUCAGGUCCUGACGGCAGAGACAAUUGUAACAAAUUUGUUGAUAUUCUUGGUUUGCGUACUAUUUUUCCUCUGUUUAUGAAAACGCCCAGGAAGAACAGAAAACGUGUUUUAACAACUGAGGAGCAUGAAGAGCAUGUAGUCUCUAUCAUCGCAAGUAUGUUGCACAACUGUAGGGGGCAACAGCGACAACGACUGCUCAGCAAGUUUACAGAAAAUGACCAUGAAAAAGUAGAUCGAUUGUUGGAACUACAUUUCAAAUACCUUGACAAAGUUGAAGAAGUAGAUUCCAUGAUUGAUAACCAAAGGAGGGGAACAGAUGAUGACAAUGAAGAUGAGAACUACCUACGGCGACUGGAGGGGGGUCUGUUCACACUACAGCUGAUUGACUACAUCAUCUUAGAGGUGUGCACAGCAGGAUUGAGCUCUGUAAAACAACGAGUUGUACAAAUAAUCAACCUGCGAGGUGGCUCUCUCAAGACUAUCCGGCAUGUUAUGAGAGAGUAUGCUGGAAACCUGGGAGAUGCUGGUGACACAGAAUGGAAGGAUCUAGAACAACAACACAUCUUGCAGCUGGUGGACAAAUUUUAAAAUACAUUAUUUAAUGAAAGUUAUAUUUAUAUUUAAAUAGGUUAUGCAAAAGUAUACAUUGAAUUUAAAAAUUCUAGGAAUUAUACUCAUUUUAAAUUUUACCCAAAUAGAAGACUAAGUUUAUCUUAAAAAUGUAAAAGCCUUUGCUAUUGGAAUUAAUACCCAAUAGCUUUGUGGUUUUAUGUUUUUUCUGCCUCAAUUGGUAAUUACUUCUUAAUCAAAGUAGAAAUUUAAAUAAAACUUUGUUUUGUAUAUUUAUUUUGUACAGUGAAAUUGAAGUAAAAGAUUAUUAAAAUAUAGAUUUUUGCAGUAAUUACAAUUUACUGUCUUCCAAUACAUAACUCAGUCAUUCAUGCUCUCAUACUACCUGCCAACACUUGAACUAAAGAUUUUCGUUUGGGCUAAAUACUGUUUGUUACAUUUAAAUGUUGUAAGCUGCCCAUUAUGUGUGAUAUUGGGUGGUCUCAUAAUAAUUAUAUUAUGAAAUUGCUAGGAACAAUUUUUUAUGCAAUAUAAAUUGAUGAGUGUUGAUUAUUUUUUAAUAACCUCGUUUUCAGGCCAUGACACAUUUCUAAAUUUCUUUAUUACAAAUGAAUACACAGAAAAAUAUGAGAUCAACACAGGUUUAAGGAACAUUGAACCGUUUUACUUUGUUUUAUCUCAGCUUGACAUGAGUCCCAUGAAUUGCCCUGCAGAAGUCCAAGUGAAACCUGAUCAUACUUCUGGGACAAGUAACUGAAUUGCCUCUCAAAUCAAUUUCUUUAAUAUUUGAUAUAUUAAAUCUAUUCAGUUCAAACAUUCUUCAUUUUUAUUUCAUAAAAGGGAAUGAGUUCUAACAUGUCAGGGGUGGAUGAAAUGUCAGCAUGACAAAAGUUUACUUUUGGACAGUCAUGCUGAUGUUCUACAAAGGUAUGAUGAUAAAAGAAUUUUCGUGUUCUCAAAUACAAACGCUAAUGAAGUACAUGUAGCCUCAUUUACUUGUGUGGUUUAUGAAAUUUUGAUCAAGAAGUAUCUUAAAUUGGUAACAGGUGUUUUAAUCCUGGAUUAUCUGUAGUUCUGAUUGAUUUCUUUUCAAACGUGGUGAACUGUAGAUUAGUUAAUAUUUAACCCAUGACCAAAAUUUGUUCUGUAUGGACUUUUUUAGACUUCUUGAAAGCUGAAUGUUUCACGACUUUUCUAGGCCUACUUGACUAAUUAUUAUUCUAAUACUUUACCAGUGUCAAACUUUUUAUCCAAUUCAUAAAUGUUACAUGUGUAACAGGGAUCUACAUUCGGUAAUACAUUGCACUUAAAUCAAAUAAUUAAAGUUUUGCAAGUCACAAAACACCAUGAACUUACUUUUGCUUUGUAAAUUCAUGGUUACUGUUUCAACAUUAUUUUGUAGAUGCUUACAAAAAGUAAGAAAAUAAAUUGAAACAAUGCCUUAUAAAAAUCUCUGUCAUUUGAUGGUUACAUAUAGGCUUAUGAUUAUUAAUUCACAUUAAAUGUAUGUCAUGGCUUUGUUCACAAAGAAUAUUUAUUCAUUAUUUUUGUAAUAUAUUUGUUAUUUAAAAUAAAAUAAUUUGUAAUA